GCUCUGCAACAUCUCUGCUUCAUAGAUGGCUGAUAAUAGUAACAACAACAACAACAACGAUGCAGCUCUUCGUGGCAGUCUCAUCGCGCUGGCCGCAGUCAUGGCGGCGGUGGGCAUCUGGACGCACUCCAUGAGGAAAGUUGGAGUUACUUACAUGGUGGGUAUGCUUGGGAUCGCGGGCAUUCUUCUUCCCGAUUGGGAUUACUUCGACAGAGAUUACUCUCGCUGGUUCUAUCCCGUCACUGAACAGGAGAAGCUGGCUCUCUCCAGACGAUCUGGCCUCAGGGAGCAGGACUUACCCUCUUAGACUGAUCGGUUACAGCAUUGUUUACGGCUAUGGUUUUUACAAGUGGUGGAAAUUCGUGUCGAGCUGAAUUUGCUGUGGGGCGAGACGAAUUUGAUGAUUCAAUUGAUUAAUUUUCUCGUCAAGAACUAGAUGUGAGGGGCUAACUGUGAAAAUUGCAGUGGUAGUUCUUGAAGAAGAACAGCAGUGGAAAAAAAGUGUCCUUCAGUUUUAUGGACAGGAUCAAUUCCAACGGCCUUCGCCCUCUUCAUUUAAGUUGCUUACGUUUUCCAGCUAAUAUGAAGUUUGUAAUACUUUAUUUUGUUUGGCUUUUUUUUUUUGUUUGGCCCAUAGUUUGGUUGGUUUCAAUUGUUCAGCAGCAACUGGUAGGUGACGCAGUAAUGUGGAGCAGAAUGUUAGGGAUGGGUUCUUCUUCUCAGUGUAACUGAAAUGGACAAUUUGGUUUAUGGGCAAUUUCUCAAGAAAUAAACUUGUACAAUUGGUGGUUCAGGGAA